GUUUGGCGUGCCGAGUCCUGCCUUGGCACACGCACCAUCAAAACUUGCGCAGGCUGCUUAUCAUCUGCCCCCAUGGAAAUAAAUAAGGCUAAAAACUCCAGCCUUCCUUCGGCCAUUUGCAGAAGCCGCAUUUUGUAGCUGUUCCAUCGCCGACCAAUCGCCAGCGCCUUAGCAGUGUUCUCUGCCGAAGACGUUUUGGUUUGGCAAGCCGUGUGAUGGGCUCCAGGCUCUCCGUGGAUGAUUCGGUGCGCGUGGUCAUCGUCGGAGGGGGCUUCGGUGGGAUUGAAGCCGCCCUCCAGCUCCGGCGUUGGGGGGUCCCCUUCGUUCUCGUGGACAUGAGAGACGCUUUCCACCACAACGUGGCUGCCCUGCGCGCCUCCGUCCAGAGCGGCUUUGCCAAGAAAACCUUCAUCUCCUUUGCCGUGACCUUUAAAGAUAAUUUCCGGCAGGGCAAGGUGGUUGGAAUUGACUUGGAAAAACGGUGCGUCCUGUUGAACGAUGAGGAAGAACUCUUCUUUUCUCACCUGAUCAUUGCCACAGGAAGUGACGGACCUUUCCCUGGGAAAUUUAACAAACUCAUUGACAUGCAGGCUGCUAUUCAGACCUAUGAGGACAUGGUUAAGGAGGUUCAAAAAGCUCCUCGCAUAGUAAUCGUGGGUGGUGGUUCUGCUGGUGUUGAAAUGGCUGCAGAAGUUAAGACCAAGUAUCCCAGCAAAGAGGUCACUCUAAUUCACUCCAAAAUUGCAUUGGCAGACGUAGAACUCCUCCCCAGAGUUCGACAGGAGUUGAAGGAGACUCUGUUACAGGAAGGGGUGCAUCUCUUGUUGGGUCAAAAAGUUGCUAACCUGCAUAUGCUGACUUUACACCGAUUCAAAGAGAACAUGACGGUGAAGACUGAUAAAGGCACAGAGAUUGUUACUGAUAUGGUGAUUCUUUGCACUGGAAUAAAAGUCAAUUCAUCAGCAUAUAGCAGUGCAUUCAGUGACAAGCUGGCAAGUAAUGGUGCUUUGAAAGUGAAUGAGCACCUUCAGGUUGAAGGAUAUGAUAACGUUUAUGCCAUUGGUGACUGUGCUGAUGUGAAGGAGCCAAAGAUGGCAUACCAUGCUGGACUCCAUGCAGAGGUUGCGGCGACCAACAUAAUCAACAGCCUGGCACAGAAGCCUCUGAAAAGCUACACGCCAGGAUCACUGACCUUCCUGAUUUCAUUGGGAAGAAAUGAUGGAGUGGGUCAGAUCAAUGACUACUAUGUGGGACAUAUCUUAGUGACUCUUGUCAAGAGCAAGGACCUUUUUCUCUCCAAAAGUUGGAAAAAGAUGCAUCAAUGUAUGCCUUGCUAGUCAGAAAAGAGGGAAGCUCACAAGAAAAGAUACAGGUGUGACAGCACCAGUGCCAAAAAGAGCAUACCUUUGAACUAAUAGUACAAUGGGCUAUUUGUCUAAAAAAUAAGCUUGUUAUAUGUUCAUUAGACCUUUGUAGAAGGUGUAUUUCAUAUUGGACCUAACAUGGAUUUUGUAAAACUAAAUAAACACUUGUUGGAUUAAAGGAAAUAGCAAGCUAUAUGAUCUAUGGAUAUCAAAUGCACUCUUGCUUUGUAAAAAGAAAAGGGGGGGGGCAUGCAAGGCUGAAGUUAGCCCACUCUUACUCUAAGAACCUACCUUAAAAUGCUACACCCACUUCCUUGAGUGGCUGAAAUAAGAUUAAUUAAAUUAUCCAUGUAAAACAGGGGUAGGCAACUUGUGGCUCUCCAGC